AUGAUUGGAACUUUAGGUAAUCAUCCACAACAUAGUCCAUUGCUAUUGGCCUGGAUGUUGGUGCGUUUUUGGAUUAAGGAUGCUUCAUCGACAAACUCAAAUACCUUUCGUCACUUGGGAAAUACAGCUCUUCAGUUGGAUGUGUUUGAAUAUCUUUGCAGAGCUUUACAAACACCAACUCUCUCAGGAAAUGGGUCAAUCCACAAGCUUGCAGAAUGUCUCUUGAAGUAUCAAGUUGUUGCUGAGGAAUUUUGGGAGAAGGGACUAACAUCAGGGGUUGGUGUUCUACUUCAGGCUGACAUGGAGGCUUUUCCCAUACAACUAAGACCUUUAAUGCAUUUACUGAGUUCUCUAGCACAAGCUAGUCCUACAAGUUGUCACAAGGUGAUUGCAACACUAAAGAAUUUCCCAGUGUUUACUGAGUAUUUGGAAAAUGUCAAUGUACGUGAUAAGAUGAUCACAGAAGAAGGAGGAGUAUGGCAAUUAGUACAUAACAGAUUUCCUUAUGAUACUGAUUCCUUGGUGCUACCUAGAGGUACUCGUGGUAUGAUUUUGCCUCAAAUGGAUACCAGAGGCUUCCAGCUAAUUCAGUGGCACAAGGUUGUGAAUGGAUGGCAAGUGUGUCUAUGUGAACUGAAUGUUAAAUUGAAGCAGUUGGCUCAUGGUGCAGGCUAUAUGACCCAAGAAUCUGUCGAAAAAAUAACAGACAUUGCAAUCUUGACAUGGUCAGUUUUGAAGUCUGAUAUCAGUACAUAUAGCCAGUUGACACACAUUAUAAGUGAACUAUUUACAGCAUUUCAGAGAUUUUCUCCCCUCUCAAUGCCACCCAUCAAGCUGUUGGCAGUGUGUCUAGACAUCAUUGGACUUUUGGUCACUCAGGAGUCUCAGAGAAUUUGGAAUCAACUGGUCCAACUAAGCUUCUUACCAUUUCUAACAGGAACAGCCACCACUGUUGCCAGUCUUGCAAGUGGAGCAUAUGUAAAUGUUGGAAUUCUAGGGAAACAGGUGGCAGCCCAAGAAUGUAUGUCUGGACAGUAUCCACUGUGUAUAGCUUUUUUGAACUUGGUAACUUCAGCCAUAGAGAUUAUAGGUGAAGAUGAUGAUAGCACUCUGCUUGCUUGUCUAGUUUACAUUGUAACAGAGAUUUUCCCAGCCUUUUAUAAGUGGCGAUACACUCAAUUUGGAGAUAGAGAAAUCAUUGGUCAGAAGUGUUUGAACAUAUUCCAUAAACUGCUGAUGAUUUCUGUGGAUGGUGAUACCUUUAAGCCAAAAUCAAAGCUACAGGUACUGUGUGCUUUUAGUUUACUAAACCUGGAAGCUGGUCAAACUUUAAUGAAAUUAGCCACUACUGGAGAAGCUGUUGUCCAACAAAGCUUGGAAUUACAAAAUAGUAAACAUGGUCGAGAGUUAAUUGCUACAGUACGAAUUUCUCUUUCUGUGUUGAAUCGACUUUUACUUCUACGAACAACUGUGGCAGAAAUUGUAACCACUUCUGAUGAAAUGCAAACAACUGAAUGUCCUCUAGAACGUGCUCUGUUUGCACAACCAACUCAACGUAAUAAGCCUCAUACAAUACUGUCUAUAGCCUAUUAUGUUUUUCAACGUCAAGACCCUCGCCUUGCUACUUUAUCUGUUCAACUCUUGAAACGGAUUGCUAAGGAAUUCCCAAUGUCUGUGCUGGCAUGUUUAGGAACAGAAUCAGAAGCUGUAAAAGAUCAUCUGCUGCUGUUGUUGCAGUCACUGACAGUUGACAUCCGGUUGAAAGUAGCCAUUUUGGAGUUUUUGACAACAUGUGUGGCAUAUCAACCUGGCCUGAUUGAAAUGUUUGUUAAUCUUCCUUUAGAAAAGAAAAAAAAAGAGAUGAAGGAAGAUGAAGAAACGGGAAGCUGUCUACCAAAAGUGUUAGAAAUUCUCCAAGAAAAGAAAGAGGGAAUCUAUUUCUGUCCACCUGAGCUUCAUUCUGCAGCUGUAGAGUUUAUCCAUGCUCUGUGGGCUGGUCAGCAAAUCUUAGCAGUUGAUGAGCUAAAGAAAGAUUCAACAUUUUGGAAACUUUUAUGUGAUCCCUUUCUGAAUGGUGAGCUUGUAGAAGCAGAUGACCGUGUUAUGGCUUACAUACUGAGGACUGUGGCUUUGGAGGUGUUUCAUUGCAAUGUGUUUGGCAGUGGAAAAUGUGACCCUGCACUCCAAGACAUAUUUAAAAUCUUUUCACAAAAAUCACUUCUUUCCAAACUUUCUAAGCACAUCUUGUCCACCCUUCCACCCUCUGGUGAAUAUGAUAUGAGUCAUGGAAUAUUAGACAAUAGUAUGUUAACAGACCGUGCUAGAGACUCCUUUGCUCUUCUAACUGCUUGGAGAGAUUUUCUAUUAGUUCUUGCUAAGAUGCAACCAUUGAAGAUUGAGAGUUCAGAGAAGAUACGUAUCAUGGAAGAUAUCUUAACAGGACUUCAGUCUCAGAUUGAGAUGCCAACAAACAGUAAAGUUAUGAUUCUACUAGGGGAACUGUACUUGAUGAUUCUGCUAAAAUGGGAUUGCCAAUGUUACCAUUCAGUGCCCGAAUGGACAUCAUCCAUUGGUGCUCUGCUUCAUAGUUUGAGAUCCAAUGCUGAUUCAGUACACCCUCUGCUUCAGGUAUUAGUAGUUUCUAUUGCUACAGCGGCAUUAAGGGUUCUGGGAAGGAAUAAGAAAAAUGAAGAAUCCACUGUCAGCGAAUGGUUUGAUCCUGUAUGUGAUCUGGUGAGAUAUACAAGUCUCAUAGCACAGAAAUAUUUGAAACAGUCAAAGAAUGCUGGUUCUAAUCAGCUUUCAAUUUUAACAAUAUGUCUUCUCAAAGAAUUGAUUCAUCACAGUGAAAGCCCAAACCAGUGGUUAUCUGUAUUGUUACAGAACACAACAAUACCCACUUUGCUUGGACUGUUAGUUUGGUGUUUGCAGCUUCAUAAAGGAAUUGGAAUAGCUCACAAUAUCCUGACUCUCUUUCUUGCUUUGACUCCUGUACCAAAGGCUGCUGAAGCACUGUGUUCUGCUGGUCUGAUGGAUCAAGUUACUCUUCUCAUUGCUAGUUGUUACACUUCAUCUGAAGAUCCCACACUUACAUUGCAGUGCUCGGGGAAAUUGCCAGUGAAGUGGCUUGACAUCUAUCAACUUACUCAACAACUUGUUGCUUCUCUUCUCCAAACCUUGAAACACUUUUUUCUCAAAGAUGCUCUCAAUUUUGUUGGGGCUCAUCUGGAGAGAAUGCACAAGAGUUUCCAGCAAGUGAUGGAGAAACCUCAUAGAGCUGACAUUCAGGAGACCUUAGGGACGUGUUCACUUGUUCACCAGCUGUCAUAUCAUCAACAUGCAUGGAGACUAGAACAUAUGGCCUCCAUGAAUCUGCUCCUGGGUGACACUUGCAAUGUCUGCUAUGCAGCAACUGCAUACCUAAUCAGACCUAGUCUUCUCCAGCACUUUAUAGAGCAUUCUAAGGCAGACCUAGAUGAGACAAAAUUAAUAUCAGUAACCACUCAGGCUGAUCCAGACAGCCACUUUAUGAAAAGAUUGUUGUCCACAGAAGAGAUCGAGAGACUAUCCCCUCAGCUAGUUCAAGCUCAAAACAGGCUACUGGAGCUUCUGGCAGUAGGUCUGUCCACUCUUCAGUUGUUUAGUCCUCAUUUAUAUGAAGUAUUAUCUGAUCAGGGUGUAGAUGUAGGACAGUGGCAAAUCAUGCUGGACAUAAGCUUUAGUACCCCAGGAGUGGAACACAGUGGUCCUCUAAGUUUUGGAACUAUACUAUCGUGUAUAAAUAUGUGUGUUCGUGCCUUGACCAAGAAUGAAAGAAUGUCUUCUCCUGCAAAGCUGUCACAUCUAGAAGGUCCUUUGCCAACAGAAAGGUUACAUCUUCAAUAUGUCUUAGAAACAAGCCUGACAUUGUUGCUAUCCCAAGCUGUGCUUUGUCUUCUUCAUCCUGCAUUGAAACCUAGAGAAAAACAAUUACUAAGAAGAGAACUUGGUGCUGAACUGAAUUCAGUUUUGCUGACAAUGAAUCGCUAUCUACGAAAAGGUGCCCCUCUUUCUCCUGCAAGCUCUUCUUCUGGACUAGUCAGUCCAAGUGGUCACUCUCGAGCUGUGACACCUGUAUCUGACAGACCAUUUCUAAGAAUGAUAACUCACUUAGUGAAGAAAAUUUUCAAGUAAUUGUAAAUAUGUUUGAUUUUAAUAAUAAAUGUGAGUAUUUUUUUUCAAGUGCUUCAUUUUAUCCAAGUUCAGUAAACUGUCCAAUACUGACAAGUAACUUUAGUUAGUGAAAAGAACAUUGUACAUGUCUGUCUCCUUGCUGGCUUUGCUGCACCAACCCAUCAUAACAAUUUGUGGAACCAAGGACUAGUAAUUCUGGCACAAUAGGUAAUAUAAACACUUAUUCUCAUACAAACAUACAUAAAUCAUUGCUCUCACAUUGUUACACAUACAUUUCAAUGUUUGUACACUACACACUUGCACAUGUAUAUUGGGUUUUUCAUAUUAUUAUUUUAUUGAGAAUAUGUGCUUUAUUUGAUUUUUAUUAAUAGUAUAAUUUAAUAUUUCUCUUGUUUCAAUAAUGUUAAAGAAUAGUAGUGUUGCCCUUCCUAUAUCAUUGUAUUUUGUAUUAUGUUUGUGCAGUUAAACAAAAACACAGAAAAGAAUAAUGAUACACUUUCACUUUUAUUGGACAGAGUAUUUCAAGAGUUGUAAACAUCACAAAUCCUUCUCCAGUGUUGUUUUAAAUAGUUACAUUUGUAUUAAUAAGGAAUGUCAUAAAAUAGUGACACAGUUUCAAGUACAACAUCAUCGUUAAAAAGCUCAACCUGUAAUCAAAUGUAAACUAGCUGUUUUAAAAAAAAUCAAUAACUGGAUCAGUCAUAUGCAGUUAAAACUAAAACACUGUCAAUUGACAACAACAAAAAAGUAAAUGAGAAGGCUGUUUUAAACAAGAAAUAACAUCUUGAUAAGUACUAAACUUUGACUUGUUUCAUAUAUCACAUUCAGUCAAACAUCGUAUGAACAGAAGAGAAUGAGUUGAAUAAACUAAUAUGUGAACAGCCCAUGUAAGAUCUUUAGCUUAUUAACCUGUAAGUAUAUAAAAACUUCAAGUUUCUUUCCCCUUUCUAUUCAACCAAGAGGUUUAGUACCUAGAACUGAAAAAAACAGAAUUCAGAACACUAAAGCCAUAUAACCGUAAAAUCCAGUAAGAGACUCAUAAUUGUAGAAACAUUCAUUGUAAAAGGAUCCACCUCCUUGAUCUCGGAUACCUAAUUAUUCUGUUUUGCCAAGUGAUAAAAAAAAA